CAACCCCCUAUCUGUUCAAAUUCUCCUCUGGUUUCUUUUAACUCUCUCUCUCUCUCUCUCUAGAUUCCCCUUUUUAGUGAGAGAAACAAAUUCAAUUCAAGAUGUUUCGUGUAAGCAACAACCUGAUCGGUAUUCUCAACUUCGUCACCUUCCUCCUCUCCGUCCCCAUUUUCGGGGCCGGAAUAUGGCUCUCUCGCCAGGCCGACUCCGACUGCGAGCGGUUCCUCGAAAAGCCGAUCAUCGUUCUUGGCGUCUUCCUCAUGGUGGUGUCGCUCGCCGGCCUGAUCGGCGCGUGCUGUCGCGUUUCGUGGCUCCUCUGGUUCUACUUGGUCGUCAUGUUCUUGCUCAUAUUGCUUCUCUUCAGUUUCACUAUAUUCGCUUUUGUGGUGACCAACAAGGGUGCCGGAGUGGCGGUGUCCGAAAGAGGGUAUAAGGAGUACCGGUUGGGGGAUUACUCGAAUUGGCUGCAGAAGAGGGUUAAUAGUACCAAGAACUGGAACAAAAUCAAGAGUUGUUUGAAGGACAGUAAGGUUUGCCAGAGCCUGAUUGAUGAUGGCUCUAAUACCCCUGUUGAGCAGUUCUAUAAAGAGCACUUGUCCUCUAUUAAGUCUGGCUGCUGCAAGCCAUUGACUGACUGCAAUUUCACAUAUGUUAGCCCCACCAACUGGACCAACACAGGAAGCCCAUCACUCACCAACCCUGACUGCAAUGCAUGGAGCAACGACCCAACCAUUCUGUGCUACAACUGCCAGUCGUGCAAGGCUGGGCUGCUCGACAACAUCAAGAGCGAUUGGAAGAAGGUUGCCGUCAUCAAUGUCAUAUUCCUGGUCAUCCUCGUUGUGGUGUACUCCAUCGGCUGCUGCGCAUUCAGGAACAACAGGGAGGACAAUGCAUGGAAAGGGCACCCUUGAGAUCAUUUUCAAUGGUUUUAAGUUUAUGUUAGUUUGAACUGUGUAGAGAUGUAGAGCCACGUUUUAGGUUUUUACUCUCAUGUGUUAGUUGCAUUCUGUUCUAAUCAUGAAGUCUAUGUUCCAUUUCUUGUAUAGUAGUUUUUUAUGGGUUGAUUUGAAACUUAUUCAGAACAUGUUAGUUUUUUUGGAUAUAUAUAUUUGAAUCCUAGGCACCAUGUUUGCAAUGGUUCUUUAUUA